CUCGGAGUAGACGCGCGGCGGUCGGAUCGCGAGUGCCCAGCAGUACGACUCUUGAGCCCGUUGCCGUCACACGCACCGAACCGACCCAAUAAUAUUUUCACAUUUUCCGACGCGUCGCGCACCUCUUACUCGCUUAUUUGUGAAUGAACUGCCAACCAUGAAACCGUGUGUUAUCGAGUACAACACUCGGUUAUGACGGCGAAGUAAGUAACGGGGUAGUUGGAGUAGUUCGCGACGAGGCCUCUGACACUGCAGUGCCGAUGACCAGCCGGUGUGGGUCGCGAGCGCACCGCGAGCAUGUCAAACUCGACCGACGCGUACUGCGUGCCUGGCGCCACCAACUUCUACAAAGCGUACAGCCGCCUGCACGGCUACAUCGCGCUGGUGAUAUGCAUCGUCGGCUCGGCCACCAACUCCAUCAACAUCGCGGUGCUAAGCCGCCGCGAGAUGACCAGCCCCACCAACUCCAUCCUUACUGGCCUCGCCGUCGCAGACCUUCUAGUCAUGUUGGAGUACAUUCCCUACGCGCUACAUAUGAACAUCAAAAUAGGACCUCAAGUUAACAAGAAUACAUACACUUGGACGGUUUUCGUGUAUUUCCACUCAAUAUUCAGCCAAACGUUUCAUACCAUUUCAAUUUGGUUAGCGGUGACUCUGGCUGUGUGGAGAUACGUCGCGAUCGCAUUUCCCCAGCGGAACAGCACUUGGUGUAAUAAGAAAAAUACAACUUUCGCUAUCGUAAGCGCCUAUGUGAUAUGCCCAUUUUUGUGUCUUCCUAUUUAUUUCGCGAUGAAUAUAGUGCCCAGUGAAGUGACUCCCCAUAACAAUUCAGAAUUUGCUGAAGAUCUCGCCCUGCCUGACAAUCGGACCGUUUAUGUUCUAGAAAUGUCGAGAAACGUAAAAUUAGUAACAGCAAUAAUGUGGAUUUAUAGUGUAAUAUUGAAACUCGUACCAAGUAUAGCGUUGUCGAUAUUAAGUACUUGUUUGAUAUCAAAGUUAACUACAACGGAGCGCAAGAGACAGAAGCUUCUGAAACGUUCAACAAUCGGGCCAAAUGAGCCAGAAAAGCAGUGCCUAGCAACGGAGGAGACGUGUGCGCGGCGGUCCAGUCGCACGGAUCGCACGACGCGCAUGCUCCUUGCAGUCCUAGGCCUGUUCCUGUCCACUGAGGUGCCACAGGGUCUUCUAGGUCUGGCAAGUGCAUUGGCGCCAGACUUCUUUAAGUAUUGUUAUAAUAUGUUUGGUGAUUUAAUGGACGUGUUAGCACUGUUCACUUCGUCAGUAAACUUCGUGUUGUACUGCAGCAUGAGCCGGCAAUUUCGGUGCACGUUCGCCAGGCUGGCACGACGGAUGCUCUCUGCGACUGAAGAGCCAGUCAAACUAUCCAAUAAGUUAGAACCGACCACGCAGGUCACCGGGCCACUAUAGCGCCAAAUUCCCGCCCUCAUCAGGGUGGUAGAAGAGAGUAUUAUAUAAAUAACGAUACAGGUACCAUCGCUCUCUAUAACUUCGAUAGUCUAAUUCAUAAAUAUUGGUAGCAAUUAGUGUAUUAGCGCAUUGUAAUUAUGAUCCUUAAAUAUAGUCACUUUAUUAGUUCUGUAAAUAAUGUAAGCCAGUUCUAGUCAUAAGAACAUAUAAUGUAGUAGGUUAAUAAAA